UAGUGGAGACGUUGCUAACAGCCUGGGAGCUUAAUUCUACUUAUAGUUUCUUGUUUUUCACCAUUUUCUUUCCCGCAAGUUGUUUCUAAAAUGUCAGAAGCUCCAAUUCAGGGAGUCUGGUUCGGCACCUCCCAGGACAGGAAACUUUUCCCCGGAAAUUUUGCACCAGACCGGCUGGGAAACCAUAUGGCACGACCGGAAGUGCCGCACAUCGGCCCCGGCAGCUAUGACAACCACGAGUACGGCACCAUAGUGUAUGAUCUACAGAAGACACCGGGUAGUAAGAAAGGAUACAGUCUGUCUGCGAGGACUGCAGCUCGCUUUCCGCCCUGCAGCCUGACAGCGACCCCUUCCCCAAUGCAGUACCAGCAGGAUCAGAGCUACUCCAGAGUCCCCCCUCCUGGCAAAACCCCUUUCGCCUCGACCACACAGAGGUUCAAAACCAUGUUGUGUACAGCCAAGGACAGCCCAGGGCCUGGGACCUACGCUCACGAUGCGGUGACUGACAGGAAGGUGAGCUGGCCGAUGUGCUUCGGGAGCCCUGAUUGGUCCAGACUCACCCCCUUAUAA